AUGCUACAGCUAUCAGAAGGUAUGCCAACUCAUUAUCCCAUUAGCAGUUACCGUUUUGUAACAUCCAGUAAUCUUAUUAAAACCUAUAUUAACAAUAAUUUAGAUGAUCAAUUAAAGGAUAUGUGUCCUAUUUGUAAAACAGAUAAAUAUUUAUCUCCCAAUAUGAAAUUUCUAAUAAAUCCAGAAUGUUAUCAUAAAAUUUGUGAAUCAUGUGUUGAUAGAAUUUUUUCAUUAGGUCCUGCACCAUGUCCUUAUCCAAAAUGUGGUAAGAUUUUAAGAAAAAACAAAUUUAAGCAACAGAUAUUUGAAGAUUUGAAAAUAGAAAGAGAAAUUGAUUUAAGAAGAAAAGUUGGUUCAAUAUAUAACAAGACUGAAGAAGAUUUCCCAAAUUUAAAAGAAUAUAAUAAAUAUAUUGAAAAUAUAGAAGAAAUUGUAUUUAAUUUAAAUAAUGGUAUAAAUGUGGACCAAGUAACGAAAGAUUUGAACCAAUAUGAACAAGAUCAUAAAAUAGAAAUAUUAGAAAAAAAUAUGAGAGAAUCUCAAAAGACAUCAGAUAUAAAUAAAUAUCAAGAUUCAAUGGAAAGAUUAAAACAAGAAAAAUUAAAAAUUCAAAAAAAAAUGGAUAUGGAAGAUUUAGAAUUUAAUCGUAAUCAACAACAAGAUUUAUUAGAUAAAAUGGCAAAUAGUGAAAUGAAUAGUGAAAUUUUAAUAAAACAACAACAAUCUCAAUUAUAUAAAAGAAAUUUACAAAGAAAAAAACAAUUACAACAAAUUAAUAAUCAAUUAGAUAUGAAAUUUAAUAAUAUUAAUCCAACUACCAAACAAAUUUUAGAUGAUCAAGAACUGAAUAUCCCUUUCACUCCAUUUCAAGGAGAUAGAGAUUUAAAUAAAAAUUUUAAAAUUUUGAAAAUACCAACCACCAUAAAUGAAAUAAUGAAUAUUGAAAAUAAUUCCAAAGAUAGUUAUCAAGAUCCGUAUUUAUUUGAAUUAGCUAAAAAUAAAGAAUAUUUAGGUAGUGGUUGGAGAUUGAAUAAUAUUUUUGAAAGAGCUUUAGAUGAAGCUUUUAUUGGUUUAGGUUGUAAUAUUGAAAAAGAAAAAUCUAUAACAAGUUCUUAA